AUCAUUGUCUCGCCCUUUGUGUGGAUAUUUUUUUCUUAAUAUUUUAAAAAUUUUAUUUAAUUAAAUCCACGGUCGCGAGCGCGAGGAGAAGGAAUAUUUGUAUAAUCCAUUAAAAAAUCUCCUGCACACGAUUACAGCGUUUCGACAACGGAAAAUUGAAAAAGUAAUUGAGAAAAAACACGUUUUAUAGACAUCCAACACGACGACCAUCUCAAAAUGGCGUAAUCAAGAGAAAAAAGAUGAAAUUUCACAAAGAAAAUUUUUUGAGCAAUUUUAUUUAAAUAAUUGUACAUGGAAAAACGAAUCUCAAAACAACAAAUUGAAUUUAAGAAUACCAAAAAUAAAAUCGCAAGAGCCUAAGGAAGGAAGUAGGCAUAAAGUUGAAUUUUGAACAAAAAAUGAUGCGUUAGCUGUAUGUGUAUGUAUAAAACUGUGUGUGUAUGUAUGGGUGUACGUAUAUACGGAAAGGAUGUAUAUGCGUGUGUAAAAAUAAAACAGCAGAAAAAUAACGACGAGUGGCGAGUUCAAAUGACAUUUACAAUUUCCAUGUAAAAAAUGACACUAAAAUACAAACAAAAAUUUUCGAUGGAGAAAACCAUGUCGCAACUCUUUCCUUACACGGAUCGUAGGUUUUCUUUAAUCAAUUGAAUUUGUACUUGGAGGUUUCGAGGCAUCAAUCAGCAAAUACUCUUGUAGUUUGAACAGUGGUUGUCAAGGGUCUUUAAUAUUUUACUAUAAAAAUCGUCAUUUCUACAAAAAUUGUUUCAUUAAAGGGGUUCUCUAUGAUCCAGGUAAGAAGCAACGAAGGCGACGGCGACGACAACAACGACGACGAAGGGAACAUCAAGAAGAAAAGGCUAACAAUGACGAAGAAGACUGCAGAACAGGGAAAUGUCAUACUAUAAAUAAACUGCAGCAAGGUUCAGCGAAGUUGAGACAACAACAACAACAACAAAAAUAUCCAUCCACAAGAUACAAGACAACGGCGAAGUUGAGACAAUAACAUCAUAAACACACAAAGCGAGAGACAAAAGAAAUAAACUCGGAGCGAGAGAGAGGCAGACAUUUAAGUGAACAAAAAAGAUCUGCUCACGCAUAUAACAGCUUGAACAACAUUGGUGUCAGCUGAUUGUGGUGUUCACUUAAAAAUAAAACUCUCAAGCAUAUAUUUCAAAUAUUCGGAGAGCGGAGCAGUGCAGCGCAGUGCGGUGUAAACUCCGAUAUUGAUAAGGCACUGUAAAGGGAGAACAACACGGCAGCAAAUCAAGUUAAUCGAUGUGAAAGUGCGUGCAAUCGUGCACGCUUCUCGGCUCUCUUCUUCCACACAACUUAGUCAGCCAUUCCGUCAGUAGUUUGUCAUACUACCUACCUACCUAUAUCUACCAGCCAGCUAGCUAGCUAGCGAGUGAACCAGUUUGUCAGCACAAUGAACAUACGCAUGUUGUGAGAUUUGCUGUCGUUGCUGUUUCAACGUUUUCGUUUUAUUCAUUCGUUCCUUUUUUCAUUUCAUAUUAGUUCACUAUACUACGUAAAGCAAACAUUCCGAGAGAAGUAAAAUUAACAAAAUAACAACAAAUAAAACAACAACAAGAAAAACUUGCGAAAUUCAACUAAGCUAUAAAACGAAAAACCAACAACAACAACAAUAGCAGCAGCAACAACCACACAAAGCCAUACAGCCGUACCACUAGACAGCUCUGGGGUGCACGUAACAACAAACAAAAUUUAUAUUGAAUAUUCAAUACAACAAACCAAAUCCAACAAUAUUGUCGCAACUGACGACGAGGUACGUUAGCGACAACACAGCAUUGCCAAUUGCCAAAUUCGAUAUCAAACUAUACACACAUACCCACACACACACACAUACUAUAGCCAUAAGGCAGACUACGACUGCGACGUGUGUAGAGAAUUUUUGCAAAUAAUAUUAUGUUCCUUUUGCAUCGAACGAAGGCGACUGACUGAAUCGAAUAUAAUCUAAAACAUCUGCUUGCAUUUCGAGAAAUUUGGAAUAAUCAAUUCUUCCCAGAAGUUAAAAACCAACCCACAUUUGUAUUAAGAGAAAACAAGUUAAAAAUUGAGAAGCAAUUUGUGCCAAACAAAUCCACAUUACACAUUUUACAAAAUAGAAUCCUUCAACAGAUAACUUUAAGUAAUCAUUGGAAGAAUUGACGGCAAAGCUGCCUAUCAAUAUUUUCGUUUAAAAUCCUUUGCGAUUUUAAACAUUUAUUAACUCAUUACCAACCACAUACCUCGCCAGGCAAAACUCCAAAUGAAAACGUUACUCCUAAGCUCAGACGAUAUUCAAAACUUUCGUAAGCUGAUUUACGAUCCAAAAGUUGCGAAUUUGGGCGCCUCAACCGAGGACGCCAACUUGAUGGCCCUGCAAUACUAUCUUAAACAUCCUGGAAAUUACACAAGUACAGCAGCAGCAGCGGCAGCGGCGGUGGCAGCGACUUCGGCAACAGCUACUGUAACGUCUCAGAUCCAUAUCCAACGUUCGCAUCCCCAGACUCCAACAUUUCUUACAACAACAGCAGCAGCGGUAACCCCUUGCACCACACACAAUAAUAAUAGUAGUAGCAACAACAACAACAAUAAUGGCCAACCUGCCAGCGUCAGUGUAGUAGUUAGCAGCAAUAAUGGUGUAACUGGUGUAACAAAUAGCCAUAACAGCCACCAUGCACAUCAUCAUUUGCUGGCGCAAUCGCAAACGCAGCUUAAACAAUUACAACUGAAACAGCCCACUAUACAUCAUCAUCAGCAUGCAGCCAGUUUUCAUCAUCCAUAUUAUCAACAGCACAGCACACCUGCACCACCCGCCCACGCCCACACCCACAGCACUACAACCCACAACAGUUACAGCCAUUCAGUUCCGGUACAUGCUCUCAAUCAGAAUUCAAAUUUUUCAGCAGCCAGCAGCAGCACUGGAGGAGGGACAGCAUCUAGUCACGCUCCCACUCAGCAGUCAAAUACCACAGGAUCAAGUUUAUCGCCACCAGGAACAAAUGCCAGCGCCCGAACUACACCUUCCUCCGGCUCAAACAGCAGCGGUUCAUCCUCCUCCACAGGCUCAAGUUCACGCGGUAGCGUUGUUAGUGGUGCCAAAAAGUUAAAAAUCGAACCUGUCCUUUCGCAAUUUCAUCAAACAGAGCGGCUUUCGUUCGCCAACUCACAUGUUAAUUGGACUGAGGAUCAUUGGAGACGUGUGGUCUUUCAAGAUGAGCGCAAAUUUAAUUUAGAUGGCCCCGAUGGUUUCUCCUAUUACUUUCAUGACCUACGAAACUAUGAACGCACGCUCUCCCAAAGACCCCGCGGCAAUUCAGUGUACAUUUACCUAGUGUUAACGGCUGGUGGCCCCAUCCAUUUAGAGGUAUCUACGGCGAAAUUCAAAAUAGAAUCGUGUGUCGAAACAAUACUUAGGGAAAGAGCCAACAUUGUUUCGAAAUUAGGAGGCAAUAGUGAGUUUUUCCUGCAAGAUCAUAAUUGGACAACAAACGCAUUGCCCUCGGUGCAGGAGUGGUUAAAUGCAGAGAGCAUUAAGACACAAAAAUGGCCCACGGUGGCGCAUGACCUAAAUAUAAUGGAAGGCAUUUGGGGCUGGCUUAUACGAGAGGUAUUCGAUGGCGGCCGCAAAUUUUCACGCAAGGACGAUUUGAUAUUUCGCAUACGUGAAGCGUGGUCCCGCGUUCCCAUGGAGUUGAUAAGCAAUUUAUAUACGACCUUGUCGGAGCGUAUGACACAACUUUACUAUACACGAGGAGCCUACACAAACUGUUGACAGACGCUGGUGAUGGUAAAUAAAAUGUAUUACAUCUAAUAGCCCAAAAAAAUAUGUUCAAAGGCUAGAAGUGCGAUACACUGUAUAUAGGAAAAAAACGAGAAAAACAAACUGGAGAUCGACGGACUGCUUGGCGGGGAAUAUAUGAUGAAAAAAAAGUUUUUUACUGCUGUAUAGUUUGUGAUUAUCAAAAUGACUGCCUACUGCUGCAGAAUAAAGCCAGAAAACGUUUUGAAACAUUUGUCUUUUCUACCACACAAAACAUGUCUCUUUGAUGAGCUCAUCACUAAGCCUCUACCACAAACAAUGCCAAAAUCAAUGCAUCAUCAGCAGCUGCUGUUAGCUGCUGGCCGACGGUCGUCACCUCUUCAUACACUUCAUCUCUUCACAUACUAAUCUUAAUCACCAAACUCUUUCCGAAUGAAUAGCUUUAAGAUGUGUGCAACAAAACUAGAAAGUAUUAAUUGAAAUUUCGUAGCACCGAUUUCAAUUAAAAAUUUCUUUGAUGUUGUGAACCAAGCAUCAAUGCAAAGGCAAUUUGAUCAUAUUCUCUGGUAGGAACAGAACCACAACGACAACAAACAAUUGCGUCUGUGUGCCUCGUCGUCAUCCUUGAAAUGUUCAGCAGAGUUACCUUAAAUAACUAUGAUUUAAUAAAUGAAAAAAAAAAAAAACAAGAAAACAAAACUGAAUUAUUCAUUAUAAUUUUAUUUAGUGUGUAAUAGUUUAAUUCUUAGUGUAUGUUUUUAUUUAAUUAUUAUUAGAUAUAUAUAUCAUACAUUUUUUUAUUUAAUAUGUUCUUUUUAGUUUAAAACUUUUUUGUUUUUCACAUUGUUUUUUGUUUUGGUUGCACUGCAAUAGAAUGAGAAAAAAAUACUAAAAAGCGAACAAAUUCUUUUCAGCCACUGCUAUAGAAAAGAAGAAAAAAAAACAAACUAAUGAAGUAACAAAAGUAUUAAAAUAAAAUAAUAAACAAAACACAAAUGUAGAAAGAAUAUAAUAAAAAUACAAAAAAAAGAAGAAUGAAGAACAAAGAAGAAUACAAAUCAAAUAAGGAUACUUACCAUAAUAAAAAAAAGAGAGUAAAUAUUUAUGAAAACUGCUUGUCUUUUUUAAAUGAAAACACCACAUAAAUUUAAAGUUUUAUUUAAAAUUUCACCAUUUUCCAAAAGCCAAGUGUAAUGAAUUUUCAAUGCUUGAUUGCUGCAGAAUGAAGCAAAACCAAAAACAGUGCCAAAAUAAUGUGGUCGGUCAAUUCUCGUUUUGAAUUCUCUAGCUAGCCAGCUUUCCAUAGCUGUUUCUCUAUAUAGGCUCGGCAAUAGGUUUUUGAAAAUUCAUUUUCAGUUUGCAAACAAACAACAAGCCAGCCCCAUACCAACCAACACCAACUCCUUCUUGGUGUGCAUUAAUCCCCAAUGCAAACAAACGGGAAAAGUAACAAAUAAUCAAUUCAUCAUACACACUAAACUAUAAAGAACUCUUGCAGUCUACUCAUAAAUUCCAAAACAAAACAAAAACAAUUCAAUGCAAACUAAUAACAUAUAUAUAUAUA